UUUGUUGGUAUUUUUUUGUUGUUCCAAAUUCAAAAUAAAAAAACAAGAAUUUUAAAAAUUACACAAAUUCAAAAUAAGAACAAGUAGGUAUAAUUUUUUCUUCUUUUUGUCUAAAUUACAAUUUGGCGCCAAAAAUACGAGUGUUUUCUGCGCGCGCGGAAGGAAUUUGGAAAACAUAAGAAAGCAUACCUAUAUUAUAAAUUAUCAUAUUUGUGUACUUUGAAAUUACAUUACGAUGGCUCAUAAAAAGCCAAUAAGGGCUCCCAAAUUUACCGAAGAGAUAGGCGAAUUGUUGAAUGAUUCUCAGUUUUUAAAAGAUUCUCCCAAAGAAAAGAAAAUUUUUAGACGUAAAGGUAAUCCCAAACCAGAUACAAAUGAUGAUGAAGAAAUGUCUGCAUUAAUUGGGAAGUAUCAAGUCAGUGCUAAAAAACGGAAAGCUGAUACUCAUGUUGGUACAGAAUCUCCAGAAGAAUCUCGACAAAAACUGCUAGAUGUUAUGAGCCGACAGUUGCAUACAAGGAAAAUAGAAAAUGAGAAGCUGUUGGAUGACAUAGCAGAUGUUUUACAACAAUUGGAGGUUGAUUAUAAUGCUAUGAAUGACAAUAAGCAAAAGUUAGAACACAUAACAGGUUCUUACAUGAAAUGUCUCCAGCAAGCAACAACUGCCUACAAGCAAAAACUUGAUGCCUUAAAAGAAAUUCAUGCCUCCUUCAAGCAACAGUGUAAAGAAACUGAGGCGAAACAUAAAGCAGAAACAAAUGAAUUGGCAGAUGAGUUGGACAAAGAUAUGAUAAAGCUGCAAAAGAAAGUUAUUGCUGAAACUAAGCAAACUGGACUAGAAGCUCUCCGUCGUUCAAUUUUUCAAGCUAUGCAGAAUGGAUUUUGAAUAUUUAUUUGUUGAUGUUGAUCUAGUAACAUUUGUGAACUUGAGAUCUCUCUAAUUGUUUGUUAUUUCAAUAAUAAAAAUAUAAUAAAUAUGUAAAAUAUCUGCAUUUUCAUUUUAAAUUGAUAUUAGUUCAUUACAUCACAAUGUAAUUUGAACACAGGUUUUCAAAUGACAAGAAUGAAAGUUUUGGUCUUGCAUCUAUUCAUUGCAAACCAUGUAAAAAAGUAACUGGUAUAGUUACUUUUUAAUAACAACCUUGUGAACACUAAUAAAUUUACAAAAGACUUAUCCUGAGAAUAUCUUGUUAUUGUAAAACAUA